GGUGCUGUGUUUACAUUUGGAAAAACUAAAUUUGCUGAAAAUAUUCCCAGUAAAUUCUGGUUUAAAAAUGAUGUACCUAUACUUAUUUCAUGUGGAGAUGAACAUACUGCUAUUGUUACAGGAAAUAAUAAGCUUUACAUGUUUGGCAGUAACAACUGGGGUCAGUUAGGAUUAGGAUCAAAGUCAACUAUCAGCAAGCCAACGUGUGUCAAAGCUCUAAAACCUGAAAAAGUAAAAUUUGCUGCCUGUGGAAGAAACCACACCCUAGUUUCAACAGAAGAAGGCAAUGUAUAUUCAGCUGGAGGAAAUAAUGAAGGGCAGUUGGGACUUGGUGACACUGACGAGAGAAACAGUUUUCAGCUAAUUGAAUUUUUUACAUCCCAACAUAAGAUUAAACAACUUUCUGCUGGAUCUAAUACCUCAGCUGUACUGACUGAGAAUGGAGAACUUUUUAUGUGGGGUGACAAUUCUGAAGGGCAGAUUGGUUUGAAUGAUAUAUCCAAUACAUGUGUCCCCCAGCAGGUAACCAUUGGGAAACCUAUCUCCUGGAUCUCUUGUGGAUAACAUCACUCAGCUUUUGUAACAAUGGAUGGGGAACUGUACACAUUUGGAGAACCUGAGAGUGGGAAGUUAGGUCUUCCCAAUGAACUGCUGAUCAAUCACAGAAUACCCCAGCUGGUAUAUGGAAUUCCCGAAAAGGUGAUCCAAGUCGCUUGUGGUGGAGGACACACUGUGGUGCUUACAGAGAAAUCAGUGUAUGCCUUUGGACUGGGACAGUUUGGUCAACUGGGUCUUGGCACGUUUCUAUUUGAAACUUCAGAGCCUAAAGUCAUUGAGCAUAUGAAAGAUCAGAAAAUAAUUUUUAUUUCCUGUGGUGAAAAUCACACAGCUUUGAUUACAGAAAUGGGCCUUAUGUAUACUUUUGGAGAUGGUCGACAUGGAAAAUUAGGACUUGGACUGGAGAAUUUUACCAAUCAGUUCAUUCCCAUUUUGUGCUCUUAUUUUUUGAGGUUUACAGUUCAUCUGGUUGCUUGUGGUGGAUGUCACAUGCUAGUUUUUGCCACUCCACGACCUAGUGUGGGAGAUGAAAUAGAUAAAAUAUGUGAUUCUUAUAUACCUGCAUCUGCUUAUCUGCCCACUAUGGAUCUGACUUCAGGAAACACACUGCAAAGAACUCUUUCAGCACGUGUGCGACGAAGAGAGAGGGACAAAUCCCCAGAUUCUUUACGAAUGACGAGAACACUACCUCCGAUAGAAGGAGCUACCGCCACACCUGUUUGUUUUUCCCCCAGUUUAGUCCCUUUUCGUUUUUCUUUUUGUACCCUGCCACAGAAAGCCAUAUCUGAAAAGGAAGACCUUGAGCAGUCAUUGAAACCAGAUUAUUGUCAAGAUAAAAUGACUAAAGAGAAAGAAACAGAAAAUUCUGUAGCAGUGGAUUCAGGAAACCUUGGAGAAACUUCUGAUAUCUUAAAUAUGACACAUAUGAUGAGCCCGAAUUCCAAUGACAAGUCAUUGAAAUUAUCACCAAUUCAGAAACAAAAGAAACAAGAAACACUCGAGAAACUGACCCAGCAAACAGCUCGUACUGAAAAUGAUGGUAGUAAUGUAUAUGAAUAUGAAGAGAUGUCAAAAGAGAACGAAGGGAAGGCAUAUAAACAGCAUCUGGCAAAAGGUUCAUUCAUGAUGGAAGCAGCUCUGACUAUGGAAGAAUUUUCAGAUGAGGAUGUAGGUAGUGAUACCAGCCAGAGAGGGCUCCAGGCUGACACCGACGGAGAGGGAUUGCAAAAGGAGAGAAUUAGACAGGAAAACCAAUGUGAUGUUGAACCACUUGGAACUAAGGAAGUAGAAAAGGCAAGUGAUGGAGGAACCAGUGAGAAGGAUUCAGAAGCAGAAGAAAUAGUCUCUGAGAAGGAAACCAAGCUGGUGGAAAUGGCAGGUCGGAAGCAUUUAAGAAAAAGUGAAAGGAAUAUGCAAGAGGUUGAUAAAUUCUUUGAUGAGUUACCAGAUAGAGACAAAAAUAGUGACAGUGAAGAAGAUGAUGUUAUUAAAGAAAAGAAAAGUAGCAAGCAAAGUGUGAUCUUUGGCAAUGAAAGAAAAGCGAUAGAAGAGCCAGAGUGGUACGCGGAAAGUGAAACUGAGAUUUGGCAGGGUAUAAUAGUUGGUGAAGAGGAGAAUCCUGAGUCACAAGAACCUGGUAGUGCAGAGAAGGAUGAGGAUGAAGUAGAAACUGACCACAGCUUGUGGUAUAACAGAAAUUUCAUUGGACAAGGACAUAAGGAAGCAGCGGGACCCCAAAUGUCCAAAUUCAUGACAAAAUAUGAUUUUAAGUGUGACCUCUUAUCCAAGAUCCCAGAGGAGCAGGAAGAAUCAGAGUCAGAAGGAAGUGAAUUAGAGCAGCAAGAGGUAGAGGCAAGAGAGGAGAAUGUGGAGGUGCAUGGAGGAAGAAAGGAGGAGGAAACAAAGAGCCUAUCAGAUGAGGUGACAGACAUUGCCAAGGAUCACGAAUGUUCAGAAACUACAGAAGUAGAACCAGAAGAUAUGAAUAAGGAUAUUGAUUCUGAAAACCUAUAAAGUGAGAAGAAAUCUGUGGCAGAUGAUGAAGGUUUUCCUAUAGGUGACCAUAGUGAAACAGAAGGGUCUGAAAGAACCAGUGAUGACUCCGUUAAAACCAUGGAAAAGGAAGAAAAAACCAGCCUACUAGACCGGGCCAUUCAUGAAUAUAAUGAAAAUCCAAAAGGAAAUAUGCAUGAUCGUGCAAGGAGUGGUACUUCAAAAGUACUGGAAGAUAAUGAACCAACAUCAAGUAAAGACAUAAGGAAACAAAAGAAGAUUUUCCUCUUUAAAAGACUGUGAUGGACAAAUCAGAAAAGCAUACAGAAUAGUAGUAAGCCACUCCCAGAGAUAAAACCAAUAGGAGAUCAAAUAGCUUUUAAAAAUGAUAAGAAAGAUGCCAACCAGAACCACAUGGGGCAAAACCAUCGGGAUCCUCGACGACCACCAGAUGUGGACAGGUCAAAAUCUUGUACAAUACUAUAAAAACAUAAUUUGUUUCUGUGGUCAUCAAUCACAUUGCAAUUUAUACUUGAAAAAAAAUUAUAACUUCUGAAGGAAAGUGUCUGAUAGUAGAUAUUUAAAGAUAUAAGUUAAUGUAUUUUAUUUUGUUUGAACAGUUCGACCGGUUCUGAUAUUUAUUUAAUAUUUUAACAUCAGUUUUAAAAUACGUGUAUCUCAAACUCACUCUCCUUCAAGUGUUGUGGCCUUAACUGUUCAGUGUUGCAAUAAGAAAUAUAUUUUUUUAUGUGAAAAUUGAAUUUAAGAUAUUUCAUAGUUUGUACUCCACAAUUUUACUUCUUUAUAAUUUCAUAAGGCAAUAUUUACAACCUCAUGCCAUUGUAACAGUUUUUCAUGAAUUUACAAUUUUUAAAAACUGAAGUAAAAUUGUUUAAAAUGAACAUAUUUUAAUAAACUCUAUCCAGUCAUUUCCACUGUUAAAAUGGAUGGGUGCAAAUUAAGUUCAGAGGUACUUUGAGUUAUCAGUUGAUAAAAUGGGGGCAGAAAGAAAUAUCUCAU